UGACGACAGCACCGUAGGAAACCCGGCAAGGGCCGCCCCGCGGGGGCCGUUUGGCCCCUUGUCCUCGGGUAGCUGCUUCCACUUUCUAAAUGACAGAACACUCUAGUUCAGUCACAGCUGCACACCACGCUGCCGGAGACGGACUUACUGGCACUGCCGGCCCAGCAUGUGUAGACAGAUGGCUCAACUGCUCAUCCACAUCUAAAGAUGGAGCCACUCUGUGGGGUCUGCACACUGCUCAGCUUCCUCUGUGGGUUUUGGAUCUGCUUAGGUCAGCUGGUGCCACCACCGCCAAGUGAUCCUCAUAUCAGUUCGACUGACUUCCACACCACUCUCUACUGGAGUGCUCCACCAAAUCAGCCUCCAGAUACCAAAUACACUGUGGAAUAUACUGAACUGAGAAAUGAUUGGAGACAGGUAGAGGGCUGCGCCAGUAUAAAAACUAGAAGCUGUGAACUCUCUGCUCACCUUGAAGAUCCUCAUGAGCUGUACUGGCUGAGGGUGAAGGCUACCUGGAAAGAGGAAACAUCCAACUGGUCAGAAGUCCUGCAGUUUCAGCCCUACAGAGACACUAAUGUGAGCACCCCCAACUUCACCCUCUUGUCCUCUUCAAGUGAAACCAUACAGAUUGCGAUGCACCUCCCGGCGGUGCCAUUCACUAAUUCAUCCCGUCAAAAGGUAAAAAAGACUGGGUCCUUCUAUAGCAAACUGAGGUGCAACAUCAACCUUUACCAGCGGGGGCGCAGUUGGAAAGACAAAGCUGAAGAGGAACCUGAGUCUGUAUGCAGAUCACACACUGAGAAAGCUGGACAGAUGGACAAUCUGAUGCAAUGGGUGCCCAAGCAAUUGAACAGAGAGGAGUGCCACCGGGUGACUUUUGUGAACUUAACACCUAAUGUGUGCUACUGUGUGAAGGUCAUGUUCUCAGCACCCUACAAAGACAGUCCUCUCUCACAGGAGCAGUGCAUCUUCUUAUACAGCAAAUCAUCAGCCUCCAUUUGGCACAUCAUGGCAGGACUCAUCUCGCUUCUACUGCUGCUGAUUCUGCUGGCAGCCCUGCGCCUUGUGAAAGGAAGGAGAAUGCUGGAGGACCAGUUCCCCAAGACUCUGAUGGUCCUAUCCAAUGAGGGUAUGGUGGACUUUCCCCACAAAGUUGCAGAGAUGGACAGUGCUGGUGAUCACAUCUCCUUCCUGUCAGACUUGGGCAAUACGCUAUAUAGCGACCAAGUGUGUGACACGGACGACGCUGCCUGCUGGUCUGAACGGAGCGCUCCCGACUCCUCUGGGACAAGCUUCUCUAACAUUCUGUACACCCAGGGUUUUCUGGAUGACAUGCCCCCCACUGACGACCACUCCGAGUCCGGCAGUAACAGCCCAGAGCCCGAGGAGAGAGUGUUUCCGGAGCUCCUGAGUAUCGUGAGGUGCUCCACGGACAUUUCACUCUGCACAGUCCGCCUCUCAGCUUGCACGGCGGGAACAGAGGAGUCGGCCGUCCCGUGCCUGCUGGGACCCAACUGCACUUGUCGGCUGUCCUGCCAUGGCUUGGAAUGAGCCAGGGGGUCACCAAUGAUGUCCGCCAACUGAACAGACAACUUGGAUUUAGUGGGGGUCAGGAGGGCUUCUAUUUGACAUGGAAGAGCCUGUCUGGGGACGAGGACACUGUCUGGGGGAGCCCUUAGGGGAAUCAAAGGGAGAAUAAUGCACUUUUGUAUUUAAGAAUUAAGUGUAAAUAUUUAAUGUUUGAAUGACUACUUCAGUUUGUAUAAUAUAAAGACCCCUUUGUAAGUUAGUCAUUAUGAAAGACUCUAUGCACAAUGCUUGAUUUUGACAUUUCGAUGUGAAACAUUUCUAACAUAAAACAUAACAUAUAUAUAUUCA